UUGCGCACACAUAACCCCUUUUGCAGAGUGCUUUCCGUGCUUUCUCGCAUUUUGCGAGCUAAAAAGUUCGUAAAAAAUAAUAAAUAAAAGUCACUCCUUUUCCUUUUAUUCUAAGUAAAGUUUCACUUCCUUUUCCCUAUUCAAAGUUCAAGUUUCUUUCUCCCUAAUUUAAGUUUUCACCUCACGAAGAUGGGUUUUCUAAGUCAAAUACGUCGAAUACAUUAAAAUUUGCAAUGUGAUAAUGUGAGUUGAACGUGGACUCUUAGUGUUUGACAUUACUGAUGAAGCAUCAGCCGUAAUCACUUCAUCGCAUUUUGUGAUGACCCAACAACAUGCUCUCCUCGUAAACUGAGGGUCGUCACUGAAUGGAAUUGUCGAGGUUUAGAACGAAAAAAUAUUUUUUGCUGUUGAUGUCUGAUCACGCUAAGUGGUCAUGAUGAACAUGGUGAACAACGUGUUUGACUUUUUCCGCAGUAUAUUCUCGUGGGCAGAUCGAAAUACUAGAAAGCGCACAGCAAAUGAGGCUCUCGCCUAUGACCCGGACUUUGUAAGCGACAGCAAACGGCUUCGUUCCCAUGAAACCCUUUUUGGAAAAGAAAUAUUUGUAGACCUCGCAAAUAAUGAAAACGAUGAGAAUGAUGACAUCCAGAUCCUCUCCGAGUAUAACUCCAGUCCACUGAGAUCUUCGACCCAAAUGAGUAACAGCCGUGGAAACAAACGACGUUCCUUCCCUGCGUCAAAAACAAAUUCCAGUCGGACUCCACAACCUAAGAAUUCUUCCUAUCAGUGUACGGACAACAACUCCAAUAUGGGACAGCUUAACGGAAAAGGUUUUCCCACUCCAAAUAUGGCUGCGGACUGUAGAUACUCGACAUUGAGCAGAACCCUCAGGCUGCAGGAAAAACGGCAAUAUGGUGAGAUGCUGCAGAAUUUUGUUCCGAGGCGAGUGCAAGUGCAAGUGCUGCACAACGAACCGGAAAAGAAAUAUGUGUCGUCACCUAUAGAGGUGAUUGAAUUGGACAAAAGUGACGAGUCUCAAAACUCUCAAAAAUCCAUUCCAGUUCAAAAGUCACAACUCUGUUCCUGGAAACCGGAGCAGGAACGGUCUCCCUCGGUAUGCAGAAUGAGAUCGGAUUCCCAGCCCUCGAUCUCCAGGAUUCAAGUCGAGAGGGAAGAAACCAUCUACAGACCGGUUAAGACAACAGAAAAAUAUAGAGAAGCAGGAAGCAGCGUGCCUCUGAAGGUUCUGCCGACGAACACCUUGCGUGAUACGCUCUCAUCAAAGUCAGUUCUGAAGAAAGACCUGGUGCCGCAGAUCGCGAAGCGACACGAAGAUCGAAUAAAGCAGCAACUUCAGGAAGCCGAGGAAUGGAAACGUCGAGCGAAUAUCCUCUCCGAUAAGAACCGCUGUGUCCGAGCUGCAACCCUCGAAGAACAACUACAACGCACCCUAAAAUUAUGCGAGGCUGUGAUCGACGACAGGGAAGAACCAGAAGAAGAGCCUCUUCCCACCCUCACGGACGAGAUGCUCGUCGAAGUAAGAAGUGCGCUGGCGCCACGUUCCUCGAAUGAAGUUUUAGUCGAGAAAUUCGGAUUAAGAGUCACCCGCAAAGAUAUCCAGACCCUUGCUGGGCUAAACUGGCUGAAUGACGAGGUCAUCAACUUUUACGUGAAUCUUAUCAUGGAACGGGGAAAGGGAGAUAAAUUCCCCAAGGUCUACAGUAUGAAUACCUUCUUUUAUCCGAAAUUACUUUCCGGAGGACACUCCUCGCUUAAAAGAUGGACAAGAAAAGCCGACAUCUUCUCCAUGGACAUCGUGGUUGUUCCUAUUCAUCUCGGAAUUCACUGGUGCAUGUCCAUCAUCGACUUUAGGGAUAAGACGAUCAGAUAUUUUGACAGUAUGGGCAGUGCUAAUCCAAAAUGUCUGGUCGCUCUCCGCCGAUAUUUGGAGGAUGAAAGCCUUGAUAAAAAGAAAAAAACGUACGACACCAACGACUGGAAACUCGAAAGUGUCCAAGACAUUCCCCAGCAGAUGAACGGUAGCGACUGCGGCGUCUUCUCAUGCAUGUUCGCCGAGUUUAUUUGCGCCAACAGGAAAAUCACCUUUACACAACAAGAUAUGCCCUACUUUAGGAAUAAAAUGGUUUAUGAGAUUCUAAAAGCGAGACUCUUAUAGAUUAUAUGACACUUGGACAAUCGUCACGAGCCGAGGAAACGAUAUUUUUAAAGGGUAUUUUUUCUGUAUUAACGAGGAAGUGUAGUUUAAUAAAGAUUCUGAUGUUUCGUAGAAAAAGUCUCAGAAUUACAGAAGGAGUCGCUUCAAAAAGUUUCUCUUAGUUUUAAGGAUACUGCAACAGCUGGCAAAAAGUGCCGGUGAAGUGCUUUUCUGUGUGAAAGCACCCGUUUUUUAAUCUUCAUUCGUAGAUUUGAGGUUUGGUUCUAGGUUAACCUCAUUUAUUAUCUGAACUAUUUUCGCAAUUAUCAAAACCCCUACAUUCAGAGACUCCUCCUUGCUCAUUAAAAAGAAAAGGAAUUAAAAAAAAUUAGGAAUGAAAACUAAAAAACGGUGUUUUCACACGACAAAAUAUUUUACCAACAGCAGUUGGGAUUUUUACUUCAGGCCCUGUAAUUUUGUACUUUCCUAAGAGUUUUCUACUCAGGUUAAAAAAUUCCUCCUUAAUUCUGUAAUGAUUGAUAUUUAUUUUUAAUUUUAGAAUACAGAAAAUAUGAUGCGCUUUUUUGAUUAAAAAAAAAAUGAAAUUUGUAAUUCAAGUUUUAAAAUCAGCUUCUCUUUGUAUAUAAUAUGUAAGAAAUUAUUUUUUUCAUUCUUGUUUUAGCGUUUAAGAAAUACAUAAUAUUAGAUUAGUCAAAAUAGUCAUAAGUGAAAAUGACGAGGAAUUGCUUGCCGGAGAAAAAAAACAGUGAGAAUUUUGUUUGCUAGUAGAAAUGAAAAAAACAUCUUGUACAAACUAAUCUCGUACUGGUGAAAUAAGAAAAGAUGCAGACUA